AUGGAAGAGGAGGAGCCGGGCGCGCCGGCGGCGGGUGCUGCUUCGGGAGGAGGAGGAAGUGUCAUGGCGGCGGCAUUGAGUUCCGGACCUGGCGCGAGUUCGGGGUCGCGCGGACCUGGCGGAGGCGGCCUAGGAAGUUCGCGCUGGUUUUUCAGCCGGGAACGGUUGGAGAACACGCCGUCGCGCCACUGCGGCGUCGAGGCCGACAAAGAGCUCUCCUACCGGCAGCAGGCGGCCAAUCUCAUCCAGGAUAUGGGCCAGCGCCUCAACGUAUCUCAACUUACAAUAAACACUGCAAUUGUUUAUAUGCACAGGUUUUAUAUGCACCAUUCAUUCACAAAAUUCAAUAGAAAUAUAAUCUCUCCUACUGCAUUAUUUUUGGCUGCAAAAGUAGAAGAACAACCACGGAAACUUGAACAUGUUAUCAAAGUAGCACACGCUUGCCUUCAUCCUCUAGAGCCCCAGCUGGACACAAAGAGUGAUGCAUAUCUUCAACAGGCCCAGGAAUUGGUUAUACUUGAAACAAUAAUGCUUCAAACUUUAGGUUUUGAGAUUACCAUUGAGCAUCCACAUACAGAUGUUGUGAAAUGUACGCAGUUAGUGAGAGCAAGCAAGGAUUUGGCACAGACAUCCUAUUUCAUGGCUACCAACAGUCUGCAUCUUACUACAUUUUGUCUUCAGUACAAGCCAACUGUGAUAGCAUGUGUAUGUAUACAUUUGGCUUGCAAGUGGUCUAACUGGGAAAUCCCCGUAUCAACAGAUGGAAAACAUUGGUGGGAAUAUGUGGAUGCUUCUGUAACUUUAGAAUUACUCGAUGAGCUAACACAUGAAUUUCUUCAGAUAUUGGAGAAAACUCCUAGUAGACUAAAGAGAAUUCGAAAUUGGAGGGCUAAUCAAGCUGCUAAGAAACCUAAAGGAGAUGGCCAGGCAUCUGAAAACUCUCUUCUCGGCUCCUCUUUGGUUCAGAAUUCCAUUUUGGUGGAUGCUGUUGCUGGUGUAUCUGCAAAUGCAAGUUUCCAAAAACCAUCAACCUCCACAUUUCCUGUCCCAGUUCCUUUGAACUCAGGAAAUAUGUCUGUUCAAGAUAGUCAAGAUAAUCUGGCAAUAUUAGCUGCAGGAAUGCCAAGUACCUCAUAUAAUUUGUCAACACACCAAGAAUGGCCUCAGCACCAAGAACAAAUGAGGACAGAGCAAUUAUAUUCUCAGAAACAGGAGACUUCAUUGCCAGGUGCUCAGUUCAGCAUAAACUAUCCACCAAGCUCUUCGUUGCAGUUACAUUCCGGAUUGCAUCAUCGGACCGACAAACUCUCUGAGUAUUCUAUAGCCCACAAAGCAGGACACAAACAUGGGCAGGUUGCUUCUGCGCCUGUGAUAAUGCCUCAGAAAAUGUCAUUGGAUAAAUACAGAGAGAAACGUAAGCUAGAAACCCUAGAACUGGAUAUAAGAGAACACUACAUGGGAUCCGAGCCUCCCUAUAAAAAACACACCCUACCCCAAACAGCAAACAGCAGUUCUGUAACUUCCCCUAUUAAAAUGAAAAUUCCUAUUGGGGGUGCAGAGAAACCUGAAAAAUACAUGGCAGACAAAAAAGACAAAAGUGGUUCACUCAAACUGCGGAUACCCAUUCCUCCCACAGAAAAAAGUGUCACUAAAGAAGAUCUGAAAAUGAAAAUCAAAGUUUCUUCCUCAGAGAGGCAUAGUUCUUCCGAUGAAGGAAGUGGGAAAAGCAAGCACUCGAGUCCCCAUGUCAGCAAGGAAAAGCACAAGGAACAUUCCAUGAACCGUCACCAUGGUGGCAGUCACAAGCAUAGUGGCAGCGGUAAACAUGGUAGUGAUGGAUUAGCCCCAGCUGUUCUGAGGAGUCCUGUUGGUUUGAGCUCUGAUGGCAGUGUCUCUAGUUCCGGCUCUUCAAGAAAGAAGCUCUUCAGCAAUGAUGCUUCUCACAACCAUCAUUCCAAAAUGAGCAAAAGUUCCAAAAGUUCAGGUAGUUCAUCUAGUUCUUCCUCUGUUAAGCAGUAUGUAUCCUCUCUCAACUCUGUUUUUAACCUUCCCUUACCCCCUCCUCCCCAUGUCACAUACCAGGUGGGCUACGGACAUCUCAGCACCCUCGUGAAACUGGACAAGAACCCAGUGGAGAACGGUCCUGAUGCCAGUCACGAGUACAGUACAAACAGCCAGCAUAUGGACUACAAAGACACAUUCGACAUGCUGGAUUCACUGUUAAGUGCCCAAGGAAUGAAUAUGUAAUCAGUUGUUUAGAUUCCUUUUCCCUUUUUUUAAUUUAAGAAUAUUAGACAAAAAA